AAAACCUGAGAAAUGCCUCAUUCCAUAAAUAGAGAAAUGAUACUUGGCAUUGUGGUGGGAACUGCUGGAAUCAGCUUGCUGCUUUUGUGGUAUCACAAGGUUCGUAAACCAAGGACAGCAGUGGAUUUACCUAAAUUUCUUUCUCUGGGUAAUUCACUUGAUUUGAUGACUUUGCAAGAUGAAAUGCCUAGUGGCCAAGGAACAACAGCGAUCUUUCAAGGAAGGCAGCUUCAGAUACUGGAGAAGUUAAAUGAAUUACUGACAAAUAUGGAAGAACUCAAAGAGGAAAUCAGAGUUCUUAAAGAAGCCAUUCCAAAGCUGGAGGAGUAUAUACAAGGUGAACUUGGAGGGAAGGUAACUGUUCACAAAAUAAGCCCUCAGCACAGAGCUAGAAAAAGAAGGCUUGCCACAGUUCAGAGUUCAGCAACCAGUAAUAGUUCAGAGGAAGCAGAAAGUGAGGGAGGGUAUGUUACAGCUAAUACUGACACUGAAGAACAGAGUUUUCCAGUCCCUAAGGCAUUUAACACUCAUGUGAAGGAAUUAAAUUUAGAUGCCCUUAUUCAGAUGGCUGAUAAUUUACGAGUGAAUGAGUCCAGAAAAGUGGAGAGUUUUGAGCUGCUUUGUGACCACAAAGAAAAGUUUAGAGAUGAAAUAGAGUUUAUUUGGCGGUUUGCUCGUGCUUAUGGAGAUAUGUAUGAGCUAUCUACAAAUACACAAGAAAAGAAGCAUUAUGCUAAUAUUGGAAAGACAUUAGGUGAAAAAGCUAUUACGAGAGCACCCAGGAAUGGAUAUUGUCAUCUGUGGUAUGCAGUUUUGUGUGGCUAUGUAUCUGAGUUUGAGGGCUUACAAAACAAAAUUAACUACGGAUAUCGCUUCAAGGAACAUCUAGAUAAAGCAAUCGAAUUUUUACCUGAAGAACCCUUUUUGUAUUACCUCAAGGGAAGAUACUGUUACGCUGUCUCAAAACUGAGCUGGAUUGAGAGAAAAAUGGCUGCUACUCUGUUUGGAAAUAUACCAUCCUCAACUGUACAGGAAGCUUUGCAAAAUUUCCUCAAGGUUGAAGAACUACAGCCUGCAUUUUCUAAGUCCAAUUACAUGUUCAUGGCCAAGUGUUAUGCCGAUCUUAAUCAAAUCGACGACGCUGUGAAGUUCUGUAAUUUGGCGGUGUUGCUUCCUUGUAUUACCAAAGAGGAUAAAGAUGCUCAGAAAGAGGUGAAAAAAAUAAGCACUUCCUUGAAGAGGUAAAUAAAAGAACUUGCUCUUCAACAAAUCAGAUGUGGUCUACUAAAAAUUUAAUCAAAGUUGUGUGUUUUUUUUAUUAUCCUUUUUUCUUUUUUGAUGUAAGGGCAGUGUGCUCAGAUCUGAAGGUAAAACCAUGUUUCUGCAGGGUGCAUUCCACUGGUAGCACUAUAAAACUAAUUAUGUUAUUUGGAGAAAUCUGUUUCCUAUAAUGUCACUACUUAAACAUGUAUGCUUUAUAGUUUUCCUAUAAAUAAUGAACUAUAGUCUUCAGAAUAUUUCCUUAAAUAAAAUAUUUAAAUCAAUUCAA